CGGCAGCCAUGGCGGCGGCGGCGGAACGGAGCCGCCUCAGCUUCCCGGGCGGUACCGGGGCCCUGGGGCGGCCCGUGCCUAUGAACCUCUUCGCUACCUGGGAGAUCGAUGGUUCCAGCCCUAGCUGCGUCCCCAGCAAGCGAGCGAAAAAGGAACAGAGUCAUCGGGCUGACCUCGCAGGAAUGUAAAGCUUCGCAAGCUUUACAAACCCCCCAAAUCCCUCUGUCUUCUGCGCCAUCCAGAUAGCAGGUUGUGCAGCUUGACAUUAAAGAAACUGGUAGUCUUAAAGGAAUUGGAUAAGGAGCUUAUUUCUGGGGUCAUUGCUGUCAAAAUGCAGGGCUCCAAGCGCAUCCUGCGGUCUCACGAGAUUGUAUUGCCCCCGAGUGGACAUGUGGAGACGGAGCUUGCGCUGACCUUCUCGCUGCAGUACCCUCACUUCUUGAAGAGAGAAGGCAACAAGCUUCAGAUCAUGCUGCAGCGGCGGAAGCGGUACAAGAACCGAACCAUUUUAGGCUACAAGACUCUGGCUGUGGGGUCUAUCAACAUGGCUGAGGUCAUGCAGCACCCAACAGAAGGUGGCCAAGUUCUGAGCCUUUUCAGCAACAUCAAAGAGGCUGCAGUGAAGGUAGCAGAAAUCUGGAUCUUCUCCUUGUCAAGUCAGCCAAUUGACCAUGAAGACAGCACUAUGCAGGCCAGCCAGAAAAUCAAGUCUACAGACAACUAUUCCGAGGAAGAGUACGAGAGCUUCUCUUCUGAGCAGGAGGCCAGUGAUGAUGCCGUACAGGGCCAGGAUUUGGAUGAUGAUGAGUACGAGCUGGGGAAGCCCAAGAAGCAGCGGAGAUCGAUAGUAAGAACGACGUCCAUAACCAGGCAACAAAACUUCAAACAGAAGGUUGUGGCGUUGCUGAAGAGGUUUAAAGUGUCUGACGAGGUUCUGGAUUCAGAGCAGGACCCGGCGGAGCACGUUCCAGAGGUGGAGGAGGACUUGGACCUUCUGUAUGACACGCUGGAUAUAGAGAACCCCAGUGACAGUGGGCCAGAAAUGGAGGACGAUGACAGUGUCUUGAGCACUCCAAAGCCAAAGUUAAAACCUUAUUUUGAAGGACUGUCACACUCCAGCUCUCAGACAGAAAUUGGUAGCAUCCACAGCAUCAGGAGCCAGAGAGAGCCAUCAAGUCCUCAGGUGGAAGUGCCUGAAAAGACAAAGAGUCUUGGAACCAAACAUGCAGGCGACAGUAUUUCUGAUACUGUCUCUUAUGAGUCUAACCAGCAAGCCGAGGUCCAGGAAGCUGAACUUCCUACACCAGAUGUGUUUGUUGAGAAGCUCCCACCCAGUGGGAAGAUCACUAAGACCGAGUCCCUCAUUAUCCCGUCCACCAGCAGGUCUGAAGGGAAGCAGACGGGACGUCGGGGAAGGAGCACAUCUCUGAAGGAGAGGCAGCCAGUGAGGCCGCAGAACGAGAGAGCGAACAGUCUGGACAAUGAACGCUCUCCAGACACCCGGCACCACUUACAGAUCCCCAGGAAAACGGUGUAUGACCAACUAAAUCACAUCCUGGUUUCCGAUGACCAGCUGCCAGAAAACAUUAUUCUUGUCAAUACUUCCGACUGGCAAGGCCAGUACCUAUCAGAUGUCUUGCAAAAGCAUACCUUGCCAGUGGUCUGCACAUGCUCCUCAGCUGAUAUUCAGGCAGCUUUCAGCACUAUUGUCUCCAGGAUACAGAGAUACUGUAACUGCAAUUCGCAGCCUCCAAACCCAAUUAAAAUUGCAGUGGCCGGAGCCCAGAAUUACCUCAGUGCUGUAUUGAGGCUCUUUGUAGAGCAGCUGUCUCACAAAACCCCAGACUGGCUCGGCUACAUGAGAUUUUUGAUCAUCCCUCUAGGCUCUCAUCCAGUGGCCAAGUAUCUGGGGUCUGUAGAUUAUAGAUACAACAACUUCUUCCAAGAUCUAGCCUGGAGAGAUCUAUUCAACAAACUUGAAGCACAGACCACUGUUCCAGAAACACCUGACGUUGUCUCCCGGAUAACGCAGUAUAUAGCAGGGGCAAACUGUGCACACCAGUUGCCCAUUGCUGAAGCAAUGCUGACGUACAAGCAGAAAAGCCCUGAUGAAGAAUCUUCGCAGAAGUUCAUUCCUUUUGUCGGGGUGGUGAAGGUUGGAAUAGUGGAACAAUCUUCUGCAACAUCAGGUGAUUCUGAUGACGCAGCUCCCUCAAGCUCCAGUGUCCUUUCUUCUACCCCACCUUCUGUGUCUCCUGCUGUGAAAGAAGCCUCCCCCACACCACCUUCCUCACCGUCUGUCACAGGCAGCUUUUCGUCCUCAAGCCAGAGCCUUGGUGCUGAGUUGAUGGGCCUGCAGGUGGAUUACUGGAUUGCAGUUCCACCCAUGGACAGAAAGAGAGACCCAGAGAAGAAGGACCCCUCCACUACCAAAAACACACUGAAAUGCACUUUCCGGUCCCUCCAGGUCAGCAGGUUACCUGCCAGCGGUGAGAUUGCCACCACUCCAACGAUGUCCAUGACUGUCGUGACAAAAGAGAAGAACAAGAAAGUGAUGUUUUUGCCCAAGAAAACGAAAGACAAGGAGGUUGAGUCAAAGAGCCAGUGUAUUGAAGGAAUCAGCAGGUUGAUUUGCACAGCGAAACAUCAGCAGAACAUGCUGCGCGUCCUGAUCGAUGGGGUAGAGUGGAACGACGUCAAGUUCUUUCAGCUGGCAGCACAGUGGUCCUCUCAUGUCAAGCACUUUCCCAUCUGCAUAUUUGGACACUCCAAAUCUAACUUCUAGCCAUGCUCGGCGGAGGGACCUUCUGCCCGUCCCGGGGACUGCACACCAGGAGCCAGGAAUUGCGUGCCAACUCUGACUCGCGUCGCUCUGCCCUCUCCUGCAGAAUUAAUUACAGAUGUGCUUGGAUUACUUUUGAAUUACUUUUUUCUAUUAACUCUUAAGUUUACUACAAGGGAAGGAAACCCCUUUAAACAAAGGCAAAAAAACCCAGUCUUAAAUAUAGAUGUGCUGACAACAUGAAGUCGUGGGGGAGUUGGCAGGAGCAGGCAACCUGCCCAAGAACACCUACCACUUACAAGCAGAUAGCUGAAUAACUGCACUGCUUAUUAACCUGAGACCUCAUUGGUGUGAGUGGGCUGGGGGAGCCGUGGAUCAGCUCGAACGGAUUUUGUGGAAGAUCAUGCGCGUUACGGUGCGUUUGGCCCCCUCCCUCUGUAUUUCUAGGGGAAAAAAAAAAAAAAAAGAUGGCCAGUCUUUCUUCCUGCUGCCAAAGGACGAGAGAUCAGCGAGUGUGGAGGGAGUUCAACUGUCCAGUUUGAAAAAACAAACCACUUGCAUAGCUAGGGAGGUCUGGAGAGGAGAUCCCCUUCAGACUGUGGAGUCUGCCAUGGGGACGUGUUUGUGCUGAAGCAAUGUCUGAGGAGGGUUGGGCAGGAACAGGAAUUAGGGAAACACUAGGUGUAAGGAAACUCCAGUGUCCCAGGUCUGUGACAAUGACCAAACCGAGCCAGUCACAAUGUCCCCGCAGCUGGCUGCGCUGCUGAGGGAUGCCGUGUCAGUGGGGUCGCUGCUAUUUACAUACUCACACCGAUUAUUUACCUGUCAAUAAAACCUUGUCCAGCCUCUAAAGGGAAAGGAUUUUUUAACAGCUGCAGAUUUUUUUUUAAUGCUUUCUAAAAAAGAAAAAUAAAAAAAAGAGGGGGGGGGGAAAUUAAGUUGCCAAAAAAACCCCCAACAAACCAGGAAGAUGAGCCGUUGUCUGUGAAGUGAUACAUCACUGUAGUGGCUGGACUGGGAGCCAGCCAGGCGCUCUGCAUGUCCAGCUGCCUUCCCGUCCAUCUGUCAAACCGCACACGUGAGGUGGCGUGGGCUGCUUUAUCUGCUACCUUUGUCCUGCUCUGACCGCACUGUGCUCCCCAGAGCCUCGUGCACGACCCCAGGCUGGGUGCAGACCGCCUGGCUUCAGGGCCACCACAGGAGUGCAUUUUUGCUGUGCCCUUAAACCACCCAGGUCCUCUCCUCAUAGAGACUGAGAGACUGUAACAAAAACCGAAGGGUGCUGGGGGGUAGGCAGCUUCCUGUGGGCUGCUCUGUGGUUGUCAGUUGUCCUUACCUUCUGCUUCCUGAGUAUUCCUCCCCACGGGCAUCUCCCUGUGGAUUGCACCCCUUCCCCAGCAGGAUAUGCUUUUGCCCUGGCACAGCAUUGCCUGUGGGCAGAGGCUUUGCUAGGGCUUUCAGUCCCAAGGUGCAGUGGAAGCUGUAGCUGGGAUGUGAGAGAGGAUGAAGCCAGCCAAGGUUCUCUGUCCACCACGGGCAGCAAUAUGUCCUGUGAGAUGGAGGAGUGAGAUUUUUGGGUGUCUCACACUGUUGGCUUGGCUCUGGCUGCGCUUGUGUUCACUUUGUACACCUUGCUGCUGCAGGGAUGCUUGGGCUGCUGGGACAAGGGGAUGCACUUAGGAGGAGAACGGCGUGAGAAGCUGCAAGUCUGGGUGGCCCUGGGUGCUGCAGAUGCGGCCUUUUGCUCUCCAGGCUUCCUGAGGUGUGCCUGGGAGGGGCUGGGAGCAGGUGGCAGAUGGGGUUUGGGGAGCAGCGUGUGCUUGCCAUGUGGAAGAACAGACAACUCUGGCAUUUUAGAGUAUUGAGUAUAUAAGGUGUAAGUUGUUGAUGAGGUCCUUUUGGGUCCCACCCUUGUGGGCAGGCCAGGCUCUGUGAGCAUUUCCAGAAGGCACUUUCUGAGGGCAGUGAUGCUUUUGAACUUUUUUUGUUUGUUUUGGUCCGAUCCCUUACCCUUGGGUUUCUAAAGGCUUGGGGAACAUGCUUUGCCCGGCUUGGUGGGCCCUGCUCUGCACAGGGACUGCCCGGGUUGUUUUGGGCAGGGCAGUGGUGGUGUGAUCUGUUAGGCCUUCUGCUGACGGGAACGAGGGGUUAUUAGGCGAGAGCGUGGUCCCUGCUGGAUCUAGUGCCUGUCGCAGCUAACGGGCUGCUUCACCGACUCUGAUUCCAUUAAACCCUUUCCCAGCGCAAGUGCAACCUGCUUGGCUAAGGACUGGGUAUUCCCUUCAAACCACGCAGGGGAGGAGGACGUGGUCCCACGCCCAGUGGCACGCUGCUGGUGGGCAGGACGUAUUGUCUAGCUGCAAUACUCUGUUUCUUCCCGCAGUCCCGCGGGCAGGUCUGCCUGCCGUCUGCUAGCUCUGGGCUGUGGCGGAAGCUCAGCUCUAGUUUGAAUGUCAUCGUGUCCAUCAGUUUGUGCGUUUUUGGUUGACCUGAGCUGAUGCUCUGGGACUGUAUAGCGUUGCCUAGCAGAGGUAGCGUGGGAGAUGGUGUAUAAGCACAUCACUUCUUUUUCUUUAUUGAGGCUGUUGCAUCAAAAAAAAAAAAAAAAGCUUUUUAAAGGAAAUUAGUCAGUGUGUGAUUUCUUUGAGUCUCACGCUGGUGUGACAAGGGUGAUGGGGUUCCAGCACUGGGAGCCGCACGCAGCCUGGGCAGCUCUCAGUGCUGGAGCGUGUUAGCGCUGCAGAGGGGGGUGGACUCACCGACUGCAAUAACUUUGUUUACUGGGGGGGCGAGGGGAGAACCAUCACUGUGCUCCUCUUUGUAUUUCAACCUACUGUAAAGAAACAAAUGGUAGCUAGGACAGGAUUUCCAGGGUCCUGCCUAUCAAAUGUGUGUUGCCCUACUCUACUGUGUGUGUGUGUGUGUGUGUGUGUGUACGUGUGAGAGAACCACUUCUGCUCGUUGCAUUUCAUGUUGGUUUGUGUUUUGUUCUAACUUUAUACAAGUGAAUUCACCGGGAAACUCUCUGUAUGCCUGAGGGCUUCUCAGGGUUUCUCCUCUGUGGAAAGCUGCUGUUGCUCUGGAAUGCCUCUUCUGUGCAAGGAAGCAUCCCAGCUUCUUGGCCUUGUCCUCCCGGAGUCCAGCAGCGGCAGGCUGGGCCUGCCCACGGGCAGCUGUGCACCCGGGGGUGGCUGUGGUGUUUCCCAGCCUUGGAGGCAAGGGCUGGCAUGUGAGUUUGGUGGUGCUACUCUGGUCUCAGGGUGUUGUGCCUCUGUUGUUUUGCGUGGAGCCACUUUGUGCAGCUGUUUCUGUCCCUGACUGGAGGAGAAACAGGUUUCUGUCUCUAAGGUAAAUGAGUGUCAAAGCAUGCAUGUGGCUAAGGUCAUUUUGGGAAGGGGUUUUGCACCUGGUGACCUGUACGAGUCGCUGAUCUUGGGUCUCCCACCCUCCCGGCUUCCCCAGCAGUUUCCUGGGGAACCCUCCCACAAGCAAGCCCCUCCGGCUGGAGGGAUCCCUGCUGCGGGGCCAGGGAGAGAUGCCGAGGCAGCAAUGGGUCCGUGCCUGCGCAGCUGCGCCAGCCUGGCGCGGGGUUAGGGGACUGCGUGUGAGUCAGUGAGUGCAGAAGGAUGGCUCAGAGCAGAGACAGCACUGUUCUGCGUGUGGCUCUUGAGAGUUUUGGUGAGGAAGGUGCAACUCGAAUGAAGAAACACAGUGGCGUUAUCUUGCUUGCCUCUGUUAGAUGGGGCUCGCUUCGGAGCCAUGCAGUCUGACAGCGAAGGCAGGGGCUGGAGCAGGCAGCAUCUGAGCUGAUCUCUGGCCAGGAGGCGCGUUGGAGGCGGUGUCCCCUGGUCUCCCUGUCCCUUUGUGUCCCAUAGCUCGUCCCUGCUUCUCAGAGCAGCUGGUUUCUUUUCCAGCUGCUCUUGGGUAAAGGGCCCCCACCUCGCUCAGAGGUGAGGUGUUGGGAACAGGCUCGUCGCUGCGCUGGGCUGUGCGAUGCUGACCUAGUUUGACAGCCCUGGCGAGCAGAUGAAAGAUGGAAGGUUUUUGUGGUGUCGUGUUGCACCUUGAGUGCUUCCCGGUCCUCAGGGUUGAGUUUCUCAGAGACAAAGGAUUGGGCUCGGCCCUGCCAGCAUUCAAUCAGCUGCUGGCUCUCCUGCGGUGACCUCGUGGGCAUCUUGGGCGGCUGUUUUAGCUCAGCUCUGCAGUUUCCAUCCAGUUCAAUUGUCACCAGUUACAUCUCAGCAGUAACUGCAGAGGAGUCCUUAAUUACACAUGAGUUUGGGGAGAGCCACUGUCUCCUUGGCUGUCUUUUGCUGCUUUAAUUAGCAUGCGCUUGUGGCUUUAUCCUGCAGAGAGGGCAGGGGUAGGUGGCUGGGAGGUUUCUGGGGCUGGAGGAGAUGUGCUCGUUCGCUUUCCAUCAUCAAACUUGGCCGAGAACCACGCUGCCCCGUGCUUAAGCUGCAAUUGCAGCAAAGGCCCCGUCGCAUUUCUCACCAGCAGCAUGUGUAAGAGGGAGCACUGGAGAGCCGGGGUGGUGGGCAUCGCGCCUGGCACCUCCAAGUUUAAGAAGAAAAUCCUGAUGAGAGGCAGCAGAGCCGGUGGCCUUCUGCUGCUGCUUGAUGUGUCGAGGGAUGGGGAAGGCUGGGAUUAGGGCAGUCCCGCCCUGCAGCGGUAAAGGGUUGGGGGCCCUGGAGCUUUCUUGAAGCUAGGCUGGAUGCAGGGUCUGUGUCCCCUUUGUUCAGGGGGUCUCAGUCUCCAUGGAGAGCUGUGUGGUGGCAUUCAGUGUGACACUUCCUCUGGGCGUAUCUGGCAGGAGAAGGCCAGAAAUGAGUGUCAGCAUCUCCCAGAGGUUUCCUGGAGCCUCUUCAGCGAGGUUCUCAUGGGAGAUGCUUCUGGCAGGGCCGGCUCCGGGAAGGUCACUUAGCUGCUUCGGCACAGACUAGGGGAGAAGGGGACGUGCCAACUUGGAAAGCAGCAGGUCACUGGUUUCCUUAAGGAAGCGCACCAGUAUAGGGCCACAUCCAGUCAGCUGCUGCUUUGCGCCUUGGCCGGAGGGUUGCCAGAGCAUCGCCUGCCUGUGUGUGUAGGUGCUGUGGCCGCAGGGAAGCGCCUUGCGAGCAAGGGUACUGGGGCUGCGUGCCGCCAGCCUCGUCCAGACCGUGGCGUACAAGGGGACGUUACCACUUUGUAGAUUCCCGAGUUGUCCAUCUGUUUCAUUGUUGUAUUGUUUGGGUUCUAGGUUGUUUUUGGUUGUUUUUUUUUUUUAUGAAGACAGAUUAAAUGUAAAUAGCCUUUUUUUGGAACAAACUGCAACGUGCUCGACCUCGUCAACUAUUUUAUGGUACUAAUGCAACACUAAUAAAACUGGACAUGAAAGCA